AUGGAUUCCAAAGACAUUGUGACACAAAAGGACCCUCCUCAUUUAGAGCUCGUGGCCGACGCCGAGGAUGCAAUCAGAGAUGACCACCAGUUGAGUCUCCUCCAAUCCGUCAAGCUUUAUCCCAAAGCAAUCGCCUGGAGCGCAGGACUGUCGGCCGCAUCGAUCAUGGACGGCUAUGAUCUUCACGUCCCAGGCUUAUUGUACGCCGUACCGGCUUUCCAAAAGGCAUACGGUCAACGGCGGUCGGACGGUAGCUACCAGAUAUCUGCUGCGUGGCAGUCUGGUCUGAACAACGGCUCAACCGUCGGACAACUCGGAGGUCUCUUCUUGGCUGGAUACCUGACCGAAAGAUUGGGCUUCCGAAAGACGCUCAUGAUCGCCUUGCUGGUGGCACCGUGUGUGAUUUUGAUUCAAUUCUUUGCACCCAGCCUGGCGGUUCUUGAAGUCGGGCAGAUUCUACUAGGAGUACCUAUGGGCAUAUUUCAGACCUCCACCAUUGUGUACGCGGCGGAAGUCGCUCCCACAUCGGUGAGGCCCAUGCUCACCAGCUGGGCAAGCCAGAUGUGGGUUGUCGGUCAAACACUGUGUGCGGUCGUAGUCCGCAGCGUUCUCAGUGUGCAAGGCUCCUGGGCUUAUCGCAUUCCCUUUGCCGUUCAAUGGUUCUGGCCGAUCCCUGUCUUCAUCGCUGUUUUCUUGGCUCCAGAGUCUCCCUGGUGGCUGGUCCGCCAACAUCGCCUUGAAGAUGCAAAAAGGUCUCUCGCGCGAUUGACAUCGAGAAGAGCCAUAAACUUUGACAUCGACAAGACUGUGAACUUGAUGGUGCUUACAACAGAGCACGAACGUGAGGUGAAUUCCGGUACUAGUUACGCAGCCUGUUUCAAAGGCACCGAUUUGCGCAGGACCAGCAUUGUCGUCGCCCUGUACACCAUGCAGAUCGCCGCAGGAUCAACUUUGCGUGCUUACGCCACCUACUUUUUCGAGCAAGCUGGUUUGGCCUCGGAUUGGUCUUUCAACAUGUCCAUCAUUACAUACAGCUUGAGUUUCAUCGGAACUUGUCUCUCGUGGCUCCUAAUGCCUCAUGUUGGCCGGCGGACCUUGUUCUUGUGGGGAUUGACGAUACUCAACAUCAUCUACUUCAUCAUUGGCGGGCUCGCGAUCCCGUCAGGAAAAUCUUCCUCCCUAUCUUGGGGAAUUGCUUCUUUGCUCGUCAUCAAUGGGUUCGUUGCAUACGUUUGUAUAGAGCCCAUUGUUUUCGCGCUGGGGUCUGAAGUCCCAUCUGUUCUGCUCCGAAGUAAGUCAGUCGCCUCGGGCCGGUUGAUAUACGCAGUCAUCAACAUUGCUGCCAAUGUUGUGAUGCCUUACAUGAUCAACCCCACGGCAUGGAACUGGGGCGCAAAAAGCGCCUUCUUUUGGGGCGGCUUCGGGGUGUUGGCAUUGGUAUACUCGUACUUUUGCCUACCUGAAACAAAAGACAAGACAUUUGCAGAACUUGAUGUACUGUUUGAGAAGAAGGUGUCCGCCAGAAAAUUUGCAAAAACUCAGGUCCAACCAUCUGAGGUUGCUGCGUGGGUACACUGAAAUACAAAACACAGGAGACACGAGGAACAUUUCGGUUGACGGUUUUGUUGAUAUUUUACAUAGCCACGGCAACAUACCAUG